CCCAUCACAAAACCAAAAUGCCCCCCUCUACACCAACCAUCGUCCUCGUCCACGGCGCCUGGCACACGCCCCCCUCCUACGCAACCUUCAUCUCAGCCCUCGAAGCCCGCGGCUUUACCGUCCACUGCCCACACCUCCCCUCCUGCAGCAACGCCAGCCCACCAACCGCAACAUACCAAGACGACGUCCUCGUCGUCCGCAAGCUCCUGCAGGAUCUCACCGCGCAGGGCCACCGGAUUCUUCUCCUCAUGCACUCCUACGGCGGCGCGAUCGGGACAGAUGCAGUGACGCGGGAUCUGGAGGUGCUGCCAUCCGCCACGAGCACCACUGCUGACAGCAGCAGCAGCAGCAGGCGAGGCGGGGUCAUCCAUCUCCUCUACCUAUGUGCCUACAUCCUGCAACCCGGCCGCACAAUCUGGUCGGUAAUCGACGAAGCACAGAUGACGCAUCUCUGGCCGCAGUUCGUGACGGACUUCGACGACGGGACGACCUUCCCCGUGGAUCCCGUGCUGCUCUUCCUGGGCGACGUCGACGAGGCGCGGAUCGAGGCCGCGAAGCCGCAUCUUGUGCGCAGCCCGUUGAGUGCGUUCCAUGCGGAGACUGUGGGCGAUGCGUGGCGGCGUCUCCCGGUGACGUUUGUCGCGACCACCAAGGAUUACUCCGUGCCGAGGGUUUAUCAGGAUUUGAUGCUCAAGCGGGUUGCAGAGGAAGGGGUGGAGAUUCGGUUUGUGGAUGUGGAUACGGCGCAUAGUUGUUUUAUUUCGAGGGAGGAGGAGGUGGUGGCUGUUGUUGAGGAGGUGGUAAGGGAUGCGCCGGGUGUUUGAUGAGAUGAGUUUAUGGGUUUACUAUUAUCUCCUGCUUGGUUUACAAAGUGAUUACGCAGCGAGCAGAUUUAGAAGCCAAGGAAGAACUUGGGAGAUAUAUAGAACCAUAUCUAGCCCG